GCUCCUCGGCGCCGCCACCAUGCCCGCGGGCGUGCCCUGGGCCACUUACGCCAAGAUGCUGGCGUCCAGCCUGCUGGCCAUGUGCGCCGGCGCCGAACCGUGCAACCGCUACUACCGGCCCGACCUGACAAUACCAGAAAUUCCACCGAAGCCUGGAGAACUUAAAACGGAGCUUUUGAGACUGAAAGAGAGACAACUUGAAUCUCAGAUUUCACAGCACUGAACAUCGGAACACUGUGAAUAGUAGUAUUUCACAUUUUGAACAAGUGUUUAAAACAUUCAUGAAGCCAAACAAUUUGCCUAAUACUAUGGUAACUGCAAGCGAAGGUGCUUAUACUUAGUAGUUUCAUGCAAAUCUCCGAGGCUUAAAUCAGCAUGGUUGUAGUUUAUAAAUAAUCUUGAAUGUGAGAUAGAAUCAUUCUGGUUUUAUUGUUUUUAAAUAAAAGAAAAAUGACAAUAUAAUAAAAACAAUUUGGAUGAC